CCUUGCUGGGCUCCUGUAGUGUUUCGCUUCAACCUGUACCAACAUAACGGCCAGCAUGACACUUUCACAAGUAUUCGUUUUUCAGGUAGCAGUGGCAGUCAUUGCGGCCCAGACAAGGUCUGAGUACACCAGAUUCUACCAACCAGUUCCCUCUCAACCAAGCAACGCGUACAACCCGUCCAACUCUCAACCAGCUGCCUACUCGCGUCCACAGCCCAACAACUACGCUCCCGGCCAGCCGUACAUCUACACACCAUCUUCUCAGCCGUACGGCUUCAAUCAACAAGCCAACAACCCGUCCUACCCUACGGGAGGGUACAACAACGCCCCUGUGUACCAACCCCAGGCCAGCAACUACGGUCCUUAUAGCCCAGUUAAUCUAUUCUAUGGUGCAUACAACGCAUACCCAGCGAACAGUUACCAGAACUGUACUGACCAGACAUGUAAGAACACUGAAUGCUGUGAAUUUAACGGACUAAGGUAUGUGUGUGUUGCACAGUCCAGUGCAGUGACCACAGCUGCUCCUGGAGCUGUCUGUGCCAGACCCAAGCGAUGCUAUUCAAACGGUGACUGUCCAUCCGGCCAUUGCUGCGUCCAGAGGCUGGAUACUGUGGCCACGACUGACCCCAACUACAAUAACAUCUACGCACCGGGCUACAAUGGUUAUAGGGGAAACAGUUACGGGGGAGGCUACAAUUCGUACAAUAACCCACUUUAUAAAAAUGAACGAGGCGAAUGUCUCGCUGCAGCGAGCAAUAAUAAUGACUGCAGACGUCCAGUGGAGGGCUCAGCCACCAACUACUGUCCAUGCUCAGCCAGUGGGGAUGUGUGCAAGUUUACUCCAGAGAACCCAGUAGUAGGUAAAUGUACAGCUAGUGCUGGCAAGAAAUAAAAACAGAGAUUUUUUUUUUUUAAAUUAUUAUUAUUAUUAUUUUUUUUUUUUAGUUUCAUUGCUUUCUGUAUGUGUGUAUGUGAAAUAGUUGCAUUGCUUCUAGGCAUUAAUAAAAUGAUAUUUCUGAA